UAAAAAGGGAGUGAGUGGCCAUCCUUUACAGUUCCUCAAGCCACCUUCUAUCAUCCAGCAUGAAUCCAGCGACAAAAAUCAGCACACUGCUCAUCGUGACCUUAUCUCUUCUCUGCUCCGUGGAGAGUCUGAUCUGUAAUGUCUGUGAGAUCUCAAGAAAUUCAAAAUGUACUAAGGGCCAAGAAAGAUGCUUUGCACACCAUGGUCAGUCAUGCUCUACCGCUUCUUUAUUUUUAGGAGGAAACCAUCUGUACUCACAACAUUUAUGUGUGUCUAACUGCCGUGAAAAUGAGAUCCAUAAAGGAGAGAAAAUGACUUAUGUAAUGUGCUGUUACAAAAACUUGUGUAAUACUUUCUAGACGGAAAAGAGUCUCUUGAAGAAGAUCAUCUUCUGUUCAAGAUCCAAAAUUACAUGCCAAGCAAUAUGAAGAACUUGCUUUCCCACA